GGCGUCAUGGUCCAUUUCCGGAAGAUCGUUUCAGCUUUCCUACAAGAAAGAAAAUGGAAUCCUGAGAUCGCUUUCGGUUAACCCAAUCAAUUUUAAGAGAAUAUUAAUCUAAGGACGGUUUCCUUUCAUCACACGUCUACUAUCAACAUCCUACAGGGGAAAAAAACACCACGAGGCUUUCGGCAGAGGGAAGUCACUAACGGAAACCUACUCUGUUCUGCGGCAGCAGAAUCUUGCUGUUAGUUCGAAACCAUCCCGCUGAUCACCCCUGCGCAUCAUGGAAGGGUCUGACGGUGUCGAACAGGGUGGCAGUGACCAGCCUGAGUCACAGCGCAGGAGGCAGCUGGAUCGCCUGGACAGAGAGGAGGCCUUCUACCAGUUUGUCAACAACCUCAGUGAGGAAGACUAUCGGCUAAUGAGAGACAACAAUCUUUUAGGCAAUCCAGGAGAGGUCACAGAGGAUGAGCUGAUUAGUCGUCUUCAGCAGAUCAAAGGUGGUCCGGAACAGCAGAGUAACAACCCUGCUACUGAGAGUACUGAAGAACCAGUUGAACAACCAGAGAGCUCUGAGGAUCCUCCAGGUGGGGAUAGCCUUCUUGAUUGGCUGAACACAGUGCGACGCACAGGCAACACAACCAGAACCGGUCAUCGCGGGAACCAGUCAUGGAGGGCUGUGAGCCAGACCAAUCCAAACAGUGGCGAUUUUCGCUUCAGCCUGGAAAUUAGUGUGAACCGCAAUCUGGCUGAGCAGCAGGCGGCUGCUGAAGCGGAGCAAGAGCCUCCAGAACAGCCUGCUGAAGGUCAAGAUGUGUCUGUCGAACCUGAAGCACAGGUUCCCAUGGAAGCAGAAGUGGUGGAAGAACCAGUUGUUGAGGAAUUGGCCGUCCUUGUGGAGCCAGAGCCUGAAGUAGAUGAAGUAGUUUCACAUCAGGUUGUAGAGGAGCCUUCCAGUCCACCAACGCCGCCGCCUCCACCGCCUCCUCCUGUUCAACCCCCUCCUUGUUCUUCUCCACGUAGAGGACAGAGAAGAGCUCGCAGCCGCAGCCCAGAACCACGCAGAACUCGUGCCCGCCUUGCUAGGAGCCGGUCCCCUCUCAGCUUGGAUCAGCUUGAUGGCAUUCCAAUUCCGAGACAUGAUUACAGUUCUCAAAGCUCGAGUUCUUCCUCAAAUACUCCCACUGUGCCUCCAGUGGAGGGCAGCUCUCGGACUCGACAGCAUAUUCUUUCACGUCAGAACUUUGCUGAAGGGGACGUUUGGCCACCCAGAGCUCCUGCUGAACCCGUCCCAGAGUCCCCAAAUGCUGGGUCUCAGGAAGGAGAAACUGCUGGGGGUGAAGGUGGGGAAGCUGGUGAAGGCGGUGCAGCGGGGCGCCGCCCUCCCACCAUAAUGCUUGAUCUACAGGUGCGGCGCGUGCGCCCCGGUGAAUAUCGUCAGAGGGACAGCAUCGCCAGCCGCACUCGCUCACGCUCACAGAACUCGAACAACACGUUUCUUUACGAGAGCGAGCGCGGUGGAUUUCGCAGGACUUUCUCGCGCUCCGAGCGCGCUGGCGUGAGGACCUACGUUAGCACCAUUCGAAUCCCCAUCCGAAGAAUCUCUGACGCAGGUUUAGGAGAGGCAACAUCAAUGGCUCUUCAGUCUAUGAUUCGGCAGAUCAUGACGGGCUUUGGCGAGCUUGGCUACCUCAUGGAUUCAGACUCUGACUCCUCGGAUUCAAACCGUGCUGCUGGCACGCCUGCAGACUCUGAAACCCUUAAUAAUCCAGAUGUGAAUAACACUGACUCUGCUGACGUGGACGAACAGCCGGUUGCUGCUGGAGUUAGGGGAAGGACAGUGGAGGCUGAUGCGGAUGAGGGCCUCGCUGCUGGUCAACCGGCGUCUGGCGGCCGGCCUCGCCCCCGGCCGCCCAUUAGCUUAGAGGAGCCCAGCUCCCUGCCCUUCCUACGGCUUGCUCACUUCUUUCUAUUGAAUGAUGACGAUGAGGACCAGCCUCAGGGGCUGACCAAAGAACAGAUCGACAACCUUUCUAUGCGCAACUUCGGGGAGAGCGAUGCUUUGAAGACCUGUAGUGUCUGCAUCACGGAAUACGCAGAGGGCAACAAGCUUCGCAAGCUCCCAUGCUCUCAUGAAUAUCACGUGCACUGCAUAGAUCGCUGGCUCUCUGAAAACUCCACCUGCCCCAUCUGCCGCCGGGCCGUCCUGGUGUCAGCCAACCGAGAAAGUGUGGUCUAACUGAAGAACUGCUCCUGUUUUUUUGUUUUUCUCAACCUGUUAUAAAAUGUUCAAUACACAUUUCUUCAAUGUUUGACUAUAUUCCUUUAUAUCAGUCAACUAAUCAUAAGGUCAGCCUUUUUUUUGGUACUAAGUAUCAAGACAGGAAGUCUUUUUUUUUUUUUUUUUUUAAAGUCAAGUGUUUUUAGUUUUGAGUUAAACACAUUCUGGUCAUCACACCAUGCACAAAAGCAGAACCAGUAUCCCAUAAUUGACCCUCUGUUCAGAAGUGCUGCUCGCCUACAACUAAUUUACACAUGCAAUAUUUUAAUUUUGUAUUUAAUCUCCAAUUUUACCUUAAUGAUUUGAAUGUUGGCGCAAUUUUCCCAGGUCAGAAUGGAAGCUGUAAAUAAGCUUGUACAAAAACGGUUUGAACCCUGCUUUGCAUCACUCGGUUUGGGAAUGUGAAUGGUCUCGUGCUGCAGGGAAAGCCUCUGACUGAUUGAAUCCGAUGGUGUCGAAGUAUGUAGCACAGUCUGUGUAGAGGUUUUCCAAACGCUGUGGGAUGAACUGAUCAUUUGUAAACUCCCUCCUCCCUUUCCAAACCCUUCUCUCCUUAUCCGUCAGGGGAAAACAAAUCCGGUUUUCAAUUCCUUUCAAUUGUCUUGUUCACAACAAGGAUACAAAAGAAAUAAAAGAUGUUUCAAUAUUGGUAAAGCGUGUUGCUAUCAAGUUUGGGAUUUCCCUACUUGGUCAUAUAUUAACUUGCAUGAUAAUAGAAAGUAAAUAGUGGCUUUUGUGCCCCAGAUCAUAAACAGCUAUUUCCACCUUUGUGAAUUUAAUCUUUUAGCUGCUGGCAAUUGAAGAAAUGUUCAUUUAACUCUUAUAAAGACCAGGACUGAGUCAAUCUAGUUUGAUCUUAAUUGUACAAAUUCCUGCUUUAUGUAUUAUUCAAAAAUGUUUGACUGUCACAUUUGUACACUUUGAUUAUUUUUAUUUUAUUUUGCUUAUAUUCUUCAGUAUAAAGACAUUUGCUCAUGGUGGCCGUUUGAAUGCUUCAUGAGCAAAUGCUACCAACUUGUGUGCAAUACAAGACAGGAAAGUACAAACCACAAUAUAAAUAUGUAUACUGUUGUUUAAAAAAAAAAACUUGUGUAUGACUAAAACCUUAAACGAAGACUUAUUUUGUCUUUUACAGUAUGUGUUUAGUUUUUCUUAGACUUUUUCAGACUUUAUUAGCCCAGUGGAUUAACUGGCUAAAAAAAAUAAUAAUAAAAAAGGAAAGAUAUCAAUGACACCUUUCAUUUUUUCUGUUUUUGAUGUUUUAGACACAUUUAUUAUUUCCCUUUUUUGGGACAUAAUGUUUGAAUGCAGGAUUUUGCUGAGUAUAUAUAUAAAAAAAAAACAUGUUAUUGAAAUGUAUGUUUUCACUUGGGUCAAGUUUAGGUUUGACCUUGUUCUGUGUCCCACCCAGUGCAGUAUGUUAACUGGGAUUCAAAUGAAACUAAUCGCUGAAUUAAACAUGUUGCUAUGCUUUGAAAUAAC